AGUACAACACUAAAAGAUUAUUGAAGUUCCAGAAACGAAUGCAAGAAGGUUAAUUUCCGAAAACAUCUGUGAAGUCUUUAGGAUAAACGGAACAUGGACAGAUAUGAGGGAUGUGAGAGCUUUGUUUUCUUAGAGACAGCAUGGGUUAGGUAAAAACCACAACAUCCUCCUCCAGUGUGUCGGGUGUACGUGUCUCGCAGUGAACUCUAUAAAGACAUCGUACACGGUCUCAACUCAUUCUGAUAGACAAGGCUCUACCUUCAAGAUGGACCUUUGCUCGGAGGAAGUGAAUUUGUUUUUGGCAGAGUGAAAGUACAAGAUACAUCAUGCCUUACCUAGCACACACGGCCCACACUCAGUUUGUGGGGCUCUGGCUCGGUACGGUUGGUUGGAUUCUCAUCAUAGUGACCAUCGGACUGGUGGAGUGGAGGGUUUGGGAAGUGUCCGAUCUGUCGGUCAUCACCUCCGGUUUGGCUUGGAUCGGCAUCUGGAGAGUGUGUUUUUACAGUCACGCUCCAAUCUUAUCCGGAAGAGAAAUUAUGUUUUGCCAAAGAAUUCAUUUGACAGAAUCAUUCACGCCACCUGAGAUAGUUGCAGCACAGGUCCUCAUGAUAGUGUCUUUGAUUUUGGGGCUUAUGGGUAAUGCCAGCGCUGUUUAUGGCCUCAGGAAUAUUUACUUCGGAUUGAGCAAGUUCAAACCCAUCAGAAUUGCUUUUUGUUCCGGUGGUGUUUUGUAUAUUCUCACUGGAGUUACCACAAUGGUUCCCAUUUUUUGGAAUCUCAGUUCUGUUGUGAACAACCAGACAAUCGCUUUCCCUCAAACAUUUCGCAUGCCUUCUGCUCCCAUAAACCAAUACGUUGGACCAGGUAUCGCUGUUGGGAUUUUCGCAUCAUCAAUGGUGGUUUGUAGUGGGGUGGUCUUCCUGUCUUACAGGGUCCCGGUUGUGUUGGAACCCAAAGUAAGCCUGUCCUGGCCUGGGGAAGGACGCUCGGGAAACAGAAGCCAGGGAACUGACAAUCCAGCUUUCUUAACUCAAGAGAACAUUUGAAUAACUGCAAACUAAUUAGUGGUGCUUGCUAUUACUAUUUCUUAUGCUUUAGCUUAGGGUCUAAAAAUUGAACUUUGACUUGUUAAUCGUCUGUGCUACGGUCAUGAAUGAAUCGCGGGCAGAUUGUUGAAGAGAGGUGUGCUAAUCCUUUUCUAAGCAAUUGGAAUUCAGAUUUUUACCAGGCAGACAUUAAAAUUGAAGAAAUAAUCCUGUAGACUUACAUUAAAAGAUGGAACCUGGCUAUAUGUAGAUACCAGAAUAUCAUAGAGACUUGAGCCAGCAAACAAUCACCUAGUGACACCCAGAACACCACAGCAAUGCCACUCAGACUGCCUUUGCAAUCACAUACUGUAGCAAUGUUUCAGCAACCACCAACGAUACCCUAAUAUUAUUAUGCACGCACUACUCACAUUUUCUUCAGAAAAUUUAAAAAUCAAAUGUUUUAACUGAUGUUUGUGCAGUUUGGAGGCAUGCUGAUUUAGCUCUAAGGCCACGUCCAUACUAAUACAUUUUUAGUUUAAACUUGAUGUUUCCUAACAUCAUCGUUUUCAGCCUUAUCUCAUGAAAAUUACGUGACUGCUGUGACAUUUUUGCAAGCUAGCAUUAUGUGGUUUAUUUCAAGUUUCGUGGCACUUUCGAGGUGAAAUGUCUACUGUGUGGUGCUAAAAGUGAGUUCUAUUCUCCUAAACAGGGGGUGCAUUUUCCAGAACCAUUGUUAGUCAACUAUGGACGCAAGUUCCAUCGUUACCAACAUAGUUCAAUGAUUUGAUGUUUCCUGAAACAAACAUCGCAAACAGCGUUGCAAAUUUUCGUGGUUUGAACUACACACUUUACCUAUAGUUAGAAGCAGAGUUUCUUGUUAGUUCGCAGUGUGGACAUCAUUUGACAUCGCUGAGGCUUCUACGUAUAUCUUUCAUUCCAUAUAUAUAUAUAUAUAUUUCAUUCUGUCAAGACCACAUUUACAUGCAUUAAAGAAAACGAUUUAUUCUGGGGUUUUGCUAAAAGUGGCAUUCUGAAACGUCAAAUAAACUCGAAUGCAGCUGUUGAAGGAAUUAAGAGAAAGUGCUUUAUCACACAUGGUUUCUGUCAGAGAACACAGCUUUUGUUUUUUGUUUAUAUUAACACAUAAGUCAUGUUUAUAUGUUUUUGAAGCAUGCGCAUGUGGUCAAGGGCGUCGGGGGAACACCGAAGUCUAAUAAAGAGGGAACCCCACUAUGUAUCUGUCGCUUUACACAAUGCAUGCCGCUUUGUGUCUUCAGCAGCUUUCAAACUCGCAUCAAACGCCUUUCUGGUGUACAUGUAAAUGAGCUAUUAUAAUUUAAUAUUUGCGGAAGUUAUUCCACACCCCAGACUCUAUCGAGUUUUAAACCAACAAAACUGACCUCCCUACCCUAAACCUAAACCUAACCGAUAGUGUCAGAAAAAGCAAAUGUGAAAAACACAACCACGUCAUUUUGUGGUGCUUCUACGACACUUUGGGCUCAAUAAGCUUGUAAAUGUAAUUGGUUAUGUGAUACAAACGUUAAAAUGUAGCACUUUACAAGACAAGUGUUAAUGAACUGAUAAUCUGCCGUUUUACUCGCGAUUUGUGUAAAAAAUGUAUAAAAGUCAUUGCUGUUGCAGCAUCUCAUUACGUACAAUAAGCUACAUAAAAAUAAUUUAGCAAAAAUGUAGGUAUUGCAACGUGAUUCUGUGAGACCAGGUUGAACUUUUUCCAAAGUAUGCGGUACUAGAGAGCAUUUUAAAAAGUCCAGAAAAAUGCUGUUUUCAGUACAGGAAAAUACUGCUCUAGUGUGGCCGUAAACAGCUAAAUCAAUGUGUUUUCAACUAAAAAUGAAUUAGUAUGGAAGUGGCCUAUAAAAUACAUUACUGAUCAAUGGUUUUGAUUGGACUGCUGUUCUCUAUGGGUAUGCUGUGUGUAUAUUUUGUGUUGUGAUGUGUCUGUAAUAAGUGUGUGAUUCUUUAUAGGAUGAAUGUGAAUAUGUGGUGUGUUCUGUUCAGGGGAUGGUCAGUAAUUAGUAUUCUGUGUUCAUCUGAAAAGCCUGGAGGCCAUUUAUGUAACACUAGCAUAACAAUUACUGUGCAAACAGCCCCUGCCCGGAGAUCACCGAAAUCUAAUUUAACCUGAAAAAAAGAAAAGAAAAAGAAAAGAUAAUUACUCAAGUUCUAAUACCUGACUGUUUACCUUCAUUGAAUUUUUUCCGCUUUAAAUUUUUCAUUUUAUUUUACUUUAAUUGAAAUUAAAAAGGGUUUUGUCUGUCAUUGUUUAUGGCACUCCCUGAAGACUAAAUUAAAACAAAAUUAAAAUGGUGAUUUUGUUAAUAUUUGCACUGCAUAUAAUUAUGCCAAAAAUUGGUUUAGAUACUUCAUCAUUACAUUCAUUUAAGUAAGGGAUAAUUGACAAUUAAAUUAAGUUGAAUUAAAGGACUUAUUAAUUAAUUAACUUAUUAAUAAAUUCUGAUUAUAAACCCAC